AUGCAGAACUAUCUCGAAGACGGCGGCGUCGGUGUGGAGCAACAUGAAAUGGUUGUUCAACGAACAUAUGCAUAUAAGCUGGAAAUGCGUUGUCGCCGCAGUGUGAACGGCUCGGGUGCACAAAGCUUUUCAAAGGUGCUUCGCAGCAUUGUCUGCAAGAACAUGCGGGAUUUUGAUUUCCACGCGAGCAUGUUCACCAUCGUGGUGCAGCUUGUGGACAAACUCGACGCGUCGUUCAAUGACGUGUUGCCAAGCUUGAAAUCAUGGCGUGCUAUUGUUGACAACAGACAAGCAGUGUGCGAGAACAUACUGCAAUGCAGUCCGGUCCGAGGCAAGGCACUUCUGUUGCAAGUAGCUAAUGGUCAAGCAGUGUCCUCAGCCGAGGAUAUUUGUGAAAAAGGCCAGCAAUUCAUAGAGGAUUUGUCCAAUGAAAGCCGAUGCUUACGUUGGCUCGCCCGAAGUCUGUGCCCGGAUAUAUAUGAGAAAGUGAAAGAUGGUACCGACGGAUUCAAGCAAAGCUCUUGGCCAGAGGCAACAGUCUUCUCGUACUGGUGGUAUGCUGCAGAAGAUUAUUGUCUCAGCAGUAUGUUGGAUUUAUUCCAAGAUCUCCAUGCACCACGCCAGCACAUUUCUCUGCACUUCGAUGGCCUUUUACUGUCGGAUGAUCUUGUGCAGGCUGUGGAACAGAAGCACGGCGGUAAGAGCUUCGCUGACAUAGCUCAAGCUCAAAUAUUUGAACGCACUGGGUUCCGUAUCCUUAUAAAAGAAAAGCACUUCAGAUCGUUGGUGGAGCAGCUGUCGGACUUGGAAAAUACAUCUUCGCAUUUGGAUUCAGUCGACGAGACGUCAUUGACAUUACUUUCAUUGCCAUGCAACUGCAUACCCUUCGCUUAUGCCUGUGUAACAGGCGAAUGGCUGUUUGUUACUGAGAUGCUGCAGAAGGUCAACCAAGCGAACACUCGUGCAAAAGAACGUGGCUACAGAUGCUACAAAGACUGGUCAGAGUACAAUCAAAGGUUCUUGAAGCCAUGCUUGACAUUGCCUGCCACACCAAAUACGUGUUUUCUCAUACACGCUGAUGUUGAUGGCACGCCUCGCUGCUUUGGUGCUAAAGUCUUGGCCGAUAGUCAGCUCCAAAUCUUCCACGAGCGCAGAGCGUGCACUUUGCCAAUCCUCUCUUUAGAGGAGAUUCUUGCUCAAACGUGUGAGACUUUCAGCGUUGUCUUUUUCAGUGUCCAAAGCGUGAAGCCAGAAAUGACGGCCUCGGAAGCAGAACUGUUGGAUCUAGUCGCAGGUUGCACUUCGAACCGUUGCCUGUUUACAGACAGGCGUGGUGGUGGUGAGGCUGGCGAUGCAGAUGUGCAAGUUGGGCAACAUCUACGAGACCUUCUCGAACAGGAAGUGAAGGACGCAAUUGGCCAAAUUCAACAGCAGAAGGGACAUUCGUUCGGGGCACAAGUCUGCCCGUUGUGUCCCUGGCGACGUUUCGAAAAAAGAACCUACUUAUUGACGCAUAUCACCAAGCACCACAGUGUCAGCAAAAGGUUUGUGGCAUCCGGCACAAAGCAACUUCGCGUCAUUGCUGCCAUGUACGAUGACGACGCUGCGCGACAAGCAUCCCACAGCAGAUACAUGAGUCGUUCAGCAGAACUUCUUCGAAGCCAAGUCAAACCUGGAGUGUCUUCCAAGAAGAAUGUCAUUGACAAGGACAUACGCCUUUGCUUGACGACUAAAGGUCCUUCUUUCAUGUCGAUGCAGAAAAUCAAGAAGGCCAAGGAUUUGAGACGCGUCGGAAAUGUCUACUACGACCGUUCCUUCGCAAAUGACUUUAUGUGCAAUGCUGUAGCAAGCCGAGCAUCUUUCCGGCAAAUUGCAGCCUCUUUCACAUCUUCCACCGCGCGACAUCAAGGCGCGUUAUGCUCCAUGCUGCCAGAAGCCAGUCAUUCGUUUUGGUGCAAUGUAUUGGAAGACUUAACUCAAUCGCCGCAGAUCAAAGUCAAGCUCCAAGAUCUUCUACAAGAGUGUGAGGCUCAUACCGAAUUCGAGUACUUAAGCAUCGAUGCCACGGUCAAGUGCAUGAUGAAAAUUAUUGGCCAAGCGCACUUCAACAGCAGCCAAGACUGUCGUGAUGCUGCGGCAAUUCCUGAUUCAGCGGCUGCUUACAAACUUCUGACAGUGCGUGGACGUACGAAUGCUGUGGUUGGCUUGUGUGGAAUUCGGUCGGAAGGUUCGCGAGAGAUUGCAUCUGGCUUGAGCAGCGUGCUGACAUUGUGUCAGCGAGCACAAGUUCUGCACAUGGCAUCAGACUCGCCGAGUGUGGAGCUUUUCGCGACGUUGAAGAAUACAUUUCCGAACUUGCAGUCGCUUGGCCUGGAUGCCAUGCAUAUCGUUAUGGUUUACGAACAAAAUCAUAACAACAAGAGAACCAAAGGCAGCAGGUGGCUGGCCACAGUUAUGAACAAAUUUCGCAACAUUGAUGUGGAAUGCCCUGCCGCUGCCUGGGGACCUAUGUACACCGGACAGCAGCAAAUUCAUUACACAGCUGAAGAAAAGAGACUGUCAGCGUUGGUUUCCAAUGCAAGUAUGCCUGAAGCUGAAGCUCUGGGUAUUCUGCAACAGCUAGAUCCUGAUAGUCCUUGGCGAACAGAGUCACAGUUCCUAGAGGCGAUGGCUGCAAUAUGUACGCUAUUCCGCGACGAACUGACAAAAACAACCUUCUCCGGUCCCACUUUGCAUCGACUCUUGAUUAAUCUUACAUCGCCUGUGAAAAUCCAAUGGCUGUUCAACGACACGAGAUACCGCCACGUGGCGAUGCAUCGCUCCACAUUGGAAACGAAGCUGAUCUUUUUCCAGUUUGUGAAACUGAGCAGUCACAAUCUGUCGUUAUAUCAUUCUUUGCAACGACAGAAUACACAGAAGCAACUAGCCCAUCGCCUUAUCGGCAUGGCAGACAUUUGGGAUUCCAAAUCAUGGAAGGCUUGGUGUCGGGAGCUUAUGCAGGACAAACGUGCACCCAAAAGAGCGCUGCUGGCUGGUGCAGAGCAACGCAAAGCUACCCAAGCAGCAGUCAAAGCAGCUCCGAAGCUGUUUUCCAAAUCAUUUAAAAGGCCUAGCUCCGCAAUUCCUCCGCCGCCAAAGCGGCAGCGAACUAGGCGUCAUCCGUUCUCACUUCGCGUCCUGGCUCCGUUAAUACGGCCAGGUCGCCACAAAAGCCGUGCAGCAGCGACUGCAUAA